AUGACUAGGAAGCUCAAGCUCCGUUGUACCGAUAACAUGGCUGCUUACGAGGCCUGUAUUCUAGGCCUCAGAAUAGCACUGGAUGUGGACAUCAAUGAAUUGCUAGUCGUUGGAGAUUUUGACCUCUUAAUUCAUCAAGUACAAGGCCAAUGGGCCACCAAAAAUGAAAAGAUCUUGCCAUACGUGAACUUGGCAAAAAGACUGUGCAAGAAAUUCCGAAAGAUUGAGUUCCGACACACUCCAAGAGAUCAGAACGAGUUUACCGACGCGCUGGCCACAAUAGCGUCAAUGAUCCAACAUCCUGGAAGCAGUCAGAUUGACCCACUAAGGAUAAGCUUGAAAGAAGAGCAUGCCAAUUGUUGCCAUGAAGAAGCAGAGCCAGAUGGCAAGCCAUGGUAA